GAUAAUAGCUGUCAAAUUGUGAAAGAGAGAAAAGUUUUGUAGAUAAAUCUGUGUAAAUUCAUAACAUUUCUUAACUCUGAAAUUGAAUCAAUAUCAGUUUUAGUAAUGGAAAAUGAAUGACGACAAUGACAUCAAUAACUAUAUUCCGUCACUCCUAAAUCCACGAUCUGUGACAAAAGACAAAACAGGUUUUUCAUUAACACAGAAUUCUAUUGCUAGCCGUUGUUCAUUGUCAUUAAGAAAAAAUAAUGGCCUGAACAAAUUAAGAAGUGCUCACAAGAUUAAUAUUACUGACAAAGAAAAUUCUCUAAAGUUUAAUAACUUAACAAAAACUACUACAAAAAGACACUCCUUGAAUAAUUAUGUGACAAACACACAAAUCUCAGAUAUCAAUAGUGUGAAUUUCUCAGCAAUUCAAGAUCUGGAUACAAUUAAAAUCGACAAUGAUUCAUGUCCACUAAGUUAUCAAGAACAGGAUGUACAAAAUGUAGAUUUAAAUUCCAAGCCAAAAAAUUAUGAAAAAUCUCUAAUAUCAAUCUCAUCAGCGACAGAUCUGAAUGAUUGUUUAAUUAAUGAAACAGUCUUGCUUUAUAAUGAGAGACCUAAAGUAACAGUAUCGUUUGGUGUAAAUAAAUGCAAAAAACUUGAUGUUAGCACCAAUAAAGGUUGUCUCAAAAGAAUCUUUUUUUCUACUGAAAAUGAACACACAGCAGUAGACUGUGAUAUUAUAGAGUGCUCGCAGAUUUCAUCGGACAGUAACGUCGAUGAAAAUAUGAACGAAACCAAUUUACUUAGUCCACAAGAGAAAUCUGCUAUUGCAGUCAACCUAGAAAUUAAAAGAAAAAAGUUGUCACACAACUCUACAGAAAACUCGAAAGUUCUAAUUUUGAACACUAAUGCCAUUGAGAACCUGUCACAUGUCAUCGUUCAGCCACCAAAUUACAGAAUAGUGAAACGCCGAACAUCUAGAAAUAAAAUUAAGAGCAUUGUGAAAAAGAAAUCGAUUAUAUCUCCGCUGAAGAAUGGAAAGAGUGGUGUUAGUUUGAAACAAACGUGCAUUGAGGAAUACUUCUCUCGUAAAGCGAAUGUUUUGAACUUGAAGGUAACUGACUUUAGGGUAGAUGAGAGGGAUAAUGGUUAUGUAGCUCGCGAUGGUUAUCAGGACAUGAACAAGACAUUGGGUGUCGCAGACGCCGUGAAAUAUGAUCGUGUCGGCAGAGGGUCUUGUAAGAGUCGGCGGGACAAUGAAUCUCCGAGGGUCGGCAGGCCUGGUUCUAAGCGAAGCUGCGAAUCAGCUAAACAUCAAGAUAUAAAGAUAUCGUGCUCCGACGCUCAUCAUUUGCCUUCACCGAGGCCUAAGAAUGAAAGUUUAGCAUCACAUUCGCCCAGGAAAAAUGUGGAGUCUAUUCAAUUCAGCAUAUCUUCUAAAGCUAAAUCUACAAAGACCUCUAGUACGAUAAGAAGUAUUCCUCAUCAUAAGAUUGUAGCAGGAACACACUUUGCUGUGGAUGCUUUUUCCUAUGGAGAAAUACCAAACGUUAAACAUUAUUUCCUGACGCAUUUUCAUUCGGAUCAUUAUUCAGGGUUAAAGAAAAGUUUUAACAAAUUGUUGUAUUGUUCCAAAAUUACCGCGGACCUGUGUAUGUCACGUUUAGGGGUUAACUCCAAAUACAUCCGUAUUAUAAAUCCUGAUGAGUCUGUUCGUGUUGAGGGAGUGGAAGUGAUGGCUGUGGACGCUAACCAUUGUCCCGGUGCAAUAAUGUUGGUGUUUACUUUACCGAACGGUAAAACGUUACUGCAUACUGGUGAUUUUAGAGCUACACCGGCUAUGGAGUCGUACCCGAUAUUUUGGAAUAAGGACAUUCAUACUGUGUAUUUAGAUACGACGUACUGUAAUCCGCACUACGACUUCCCCACGCAAGAUCAGAGUUUGGAGAUGGCGCUGUAUCUGCUGCGACAAAAGAAGAUGCUACUAGAACAGAACGGAAAGAAGUUCUCGUCCGUUCUCAUUAUUUGCGGCACAUACACGAUUGGAAAGGAGAAGUUCUUCUUGGGUAUGGCUCGUCGAGUAGGCUGUUCAGUGUGGGCUUGUCCCGAGAAGGACAGAGUGCUGCAAGCUGUUGAAGGUCACAGCUUCAGUAACUCGUCGCCGCAAUCGUGUCAACUACAUGUGGUGCCGAUGCGAGACUUAACACACGAGAAAUUGCGACGGUAUUUGGACAGUUUGCAAGGAGCUUUCAGUGAGAUAGUUGCGUUUAAACCCAGCGGCUGGGAGAACGGGAAGAAUUCGUCUGUGGAAAAAGAUUCGGUUACGAUACAUGGUAUACCUUAUAGUGAACAUUCUAGUUUCUCCGAACUGAUUAGAUUCGUGACAUUCCUGAAGCCGAAACAAGUAGUACCUACUGUAGAUAUAUCUGGAGGGAUUAAAGCUGUACAGAAAUACUUUCCAUGUCCCCUGGUGUAUAAGGAGGAUAUACAAUGCCAAAGCAAAUUGACAGAUUAUUUUAGCAUACAAAAUCGACAGCAAGUGCCUGCUGUCACCUGAAAUUUUGGUAAUAAUUUAACGGGACAUGUAUACAAAAAAAUCAACUAACUUAAAAUUGAUUUUGUACAGUCAACAGCACGUCAUGACUAUACAAAACUGAUAAAUUUCUCCACUUUAUUGUAAAUAGAGUUCAAAAUCAAUUGAGUAAAUUUGACAUAUUGUGGUAGGUAAUUCGACGUACAUCCGUAUGUAACCC